CAAGUCUUGCCAACGCCUGCUUCACCCUUGGGGUCGGUUUCGACUAGCCGAGCCUACCGAAAACCGCCCUGACCUCAAUUCCUCCGAGAAGAUUACACAAUCCCGAGCGACAACAUGUCAUUCUCCAACAUCUACACCCACCGCAAGGUCGCGGAAACGGCGGCCAAGGGCUGCGAUGUCUGCUACCGUGCAACAAGCAGCGUCCUUGUCGCCCCCGAGAAUAAGGAUUUCUUCUAUGUCUGUCCCAGCCAUUUGAAGGACAAGAACUUCUGCUCCCCUAUCAUCGACAAAGAGGCCGUCGAAGCGAAGAAGAAAAAGGCUCUCGAGGAUGAGGUUGAGCGUGUGAAGAAGGAGUACGAGGACAAACAAAAGAAGAAGAAGGAAAAAGAAGAGAAAGAAAAGGAGAAAGACAAGGACAAGGAGAAGGAGAAGGAGAAGGAGAAGGAGAAGGAGAAGGAGAAGGAGAAGGAGAAGGAGAAGGAGAAGGAGAAGGAGAAGGAGAAGGAGAAGGAGAAGGAGAAGGAGAAGGAGAAGGAGAAGGAGAAGGACAGGGAGAAAGACAAGGAUGACAAAAAGACAGAAGACGAAAAGAAGGAAGACAGCGCCAAGGCAAGUUGUUUGAUGUUCCGCGUCUUGCCUUCUUGUCCCAUAUGAAGGCUAGUUUUCUGGACUCUCAGCUAACAAGCCCCAAGGACGGCACUGACACGCAAACUCCGACCGCGGAAGAGGAGCCUCGCGUGUUCGCACUUCAAAAGUAUGGCCUGUUUUCAUGAUAUAC